CACUGGAACUAACCUGAGUUCUGUUACUGUAAUACAAUCUUGGGGCGUACCGACCAUGGACGAGACGGCCAGGGAACUUGCAGCAGUUGUCGUCAGCAAGCUAGAUUCAAUACCGCCAAACGCCCGACUACUCAUUGCAAUCGCUGGGUUCCCUGCGUCUGGGAAAUCUACGCUAGCUGUCUUGGUUGUCGACCACGUCAAUGCGCUGUUAGCAAACGCAAACACCGAGCACCGAAGUGAUGCGACUCCACUCCCCCAGGCUAUCAUGAUCGGUCUCGACGGCUGGCAUCUGACCCGCGCACAGCUCGAUACCAUGGAAAAUCCGAAAUUAGCCUACGAUCGUCGUGGAGCACAUUGGACGUUUGAUGGUCAAUCCUACGUCUCGUUCGUUCACCUCUUGCGUGCCCCUGUCUGUGAGAGCACUAUAGUUAUCACCGCUCCCUCGUUCGAUCAUGCACUCAAAGACCCAACGCCCGAUGCAGUGGUUAUUUAUCCUCAUCACCGCAUCGUAAUCAUCGAAGGUCUGUACACGAUGCUUGACGUUGACGUGUGGAGAGUGGCUGCUGAGGCGAUGGAUGAGCGGUGGUGGGUUGACGUUGAUUGGGAAAUCGCAAGAGAAAGAUUGGUCAAGAGACAUGUCCUCACUGGUGUCGCAAAGGACAUGCAAGAUGCCAAUUGGCGAGCUGAUGAGAAUGAUGGACCAAGUGAGUGACGUCACGAUGACAUUGGCAUUCGAUCUUCUUCCAUCUCUACACAGUUGCAAGUUUGCUGACCUCUUGAAUAGAUGGAAAGUUUAUAGUUGACAAUUUGUACAAGCCAACACGGAAUGUUAGAAGCAUUGAUGACCCUUUGUAUACCCUUCCGUGAAAGUGGUCGUGUGAGCUACGUUGAUCGCACUCGGUUUUCCUACUCGAUUGAACGUAGAUACAAUCCGUAUGAUGCCGUCC